AUGUCGAUGAUAAUUUCUGGAAAAGAAGCACCAGGAAAUAAUAUUGAUGUCUACUUACAACCCUUAGUCAAAGAGCUGAAAGAGUUAUGGGAAAAUGGCGUGGAUACAUACGAUUCUUUCAAGAAAGAGAUGUUCAAGUUGCAUGCAAAUUUGAUGUGGACGAUUAGUGACUUUCCAGGUAUGGGCGCACUUUCUGGGUGGAACACAUACACAGGGCUUGCUUGCCCAUCGUGUAACUUUCAAACUACACCCCUUCGUCUUAAAGCUAGCCGUAAAUGGUGUUUUAUGGGUCAUCGUCGUUUCCUUGACCGGAGACACAGGUUUAGAUUGAACAGGAUCCGCUUUAAUGGUGAACAAGAAAUACGGAGUCCACCGAGAACAUUAUCUGGACAUGAAGUUUUUGAACAGGUUAAAGAUAUUGAAGUCAUCUUUGGUAAAAAGUCAGUGAGAGAAAAAUCACUAAAAAGAACAUUUGAGGGACAACCUAUAGAAGGUGAUAGUACACAGUGUGAUCCUACACUAGGUCAUCCUCAACAAUGGAGAAAAAAGAGCAUAUUUUUUGAACUUCCGUAUUGGAAGGAUAAUCUUCUGCGCCAUAAUCUUGAUCCAAUGCAUAUUGAGAAAAAUGUGUGUGAUAAUGUCCUAUUUACUUUACUAAAUGAUAGGCAAAAAAGUAAAGACAAUUCUAAAGCUAGAGAUGACCUUCAAAACAUGGAUAUAAGACCCGAUCUUUGGCCUGAUGAAAAUGGUAGAAUUUCUCCGGCAGCCUUUACUUUAAUGGGUAAAGAUAAAAGGAAUUUUUUAACAACUUUAAGGAAUAUUAGGGUGCCUGAUGGUUAUUCGAGCAACAUUUCUAGAUGCAUUGAUUUAGUAAAUCUCAAGGUGAAUGGAAUGAUGAAGAGUCAUGAUUGUCAUAUAUUAAUGGAACAACUCCUACCAUUAGCCAUUCGCAACACAUUACCUCAUGAGAUUUCAGCAGUUUUGAUUGAGUUGUGCUCAUUCUUUAGACAAUUAUGUGCCAAGGUAUUGAAAAUUGAAGAAUUGGAAAAAUUGCAAAACCAAAUUGUCCUUACUUUAUGCCACAUGGAAAUGUUAUUUCCUCCCUCGUUCUUCACGGUUAUGGUUCACUUGGUUGUUCACCUUGUUGAAGAAGUUAAACUUGGAGGUCCUGUUCAUUAUCGAUGGAUGUAUCCUAUUGAAAGAUACUUGGGAAAACUUAAAUCGCAUGUACGUAAUAAGGCAAAUCCAGAAGGGUCUAUUGCAGAAGGAUACCGUUUUGAAGAGAUUCUUACAUUUUGUUCAAGAUAUCUAGAAAAUAUUGAAACUAGAUGGAAUCAACCUGGACGUGUAGAUGAUGACCCUAUUGGUGAUAUCCAAACAGGAUCACGUGUAGCCAAAUUAUUUCCUAUAUUUGGAAAACCCGUGGGUGGAUCUUCUUAUUACACCCUAACACCAAUUGAAAAGUUGCAGGCUCAUAGACACAUUUUAACGAAUUGUCCAAUAGUUGACGACUAUCUAAAGCAGUUCCGAAGUAUUACUCAGAAUCAACUGAAGCGCAGUCAAAGAAGUGCUGCUGAGAUAGAUAAGAAGGUUCAUAGAGAAUUUGCUCACUGGUUCCGCAAUCGUAUUUGCAACAAUCUUGACAACAUUCAUGGACCAGAUAAAGAUGUUCUCAUUAGCCUUGCUUAUGGCCCUUUUGAUAAAGUUAAAAGAUUUACUGCGUUCAAUGUCAAUGGAUUCAAAUUUCGAACAUUGGAACGAGAUAAUCUUUUAAAAACUCAAAAUAGUGGCGUUUUUGGCUUGUUUGGGACGCGAAGUUAUUCAAGCAAUAGUGAUACCCAAAUGAGAUUUGGAGGGGUCCCUUACUAUGGAAGAUUGGUAGACAUUAUUGUGCUUUCCAACGAUGGCUUCACAGUGCCCAUGUUUAAAUGUGAAUGGGCUAAUACCACAAACCCAAGAGGCAUUAAGAUAGAUAAGUUGGGUUUUACUUCUAUAAACUUUACAAAACUACUACAUUUUGGGGAACAUGAAGAUAAUGAGCCGUACAUUCAAGCGUCAGAAGCUCAGAUGGUUUUUUAUGUGGAUGAUGAGAAUGAACAAGGGUGGAGCAUACCUGUUCAUUUGAAGCCAAGAGACUUGUAUGACAUGGGUGGAAAUGAUGAAAUUAUGUCACCCAUUGAGCCAUAUCCAUCACAAAAUUUGGAACAAAUUUUUCUGAAUGAUGAUAUUGGAACUUCAUCAGCAAAUGAUAACAAUAAUUAA